GUUUCCGAAGAACUGCGGAUUGACAAACUGGUGUUGCAACUUUCCUGCAUAAAUUGCCGGGCCCAGACCAUGUCGCUGACCAACACAAAGACAGGCUUUUCGGUCAAGGAUAUCUUAGACCUGCCUGACACCAACGAUGAGGACGGAUCGGUAGCGGAGGGGGCAGAGGAAGAGAGUGAGGGAUCGGAGCCUACCAAGAGAACCGGGGUGCUGGGACCGAGCGCCCUGGAAGCAGUACAGACCCUGCCCCUGAAAAAUCCUUUCUACGACAACAGCGACAACCCCUAUACCCGUUGGCUGGCCAGUACCGAGAGCAUCCAGUAUUCCUUGCACGGGCUGGCGGCUGGGGCGCCCCCGCAGGACUCCAGCGCAAAAUCUCCGGAGCCCUCGGCCGACGAGUCGCCGGACAACGACAAGGAGACCCCGGGCGGCGGGGGGGAAUCGGGCAAAAAGCGGAAGAGGAGAGUGCUCUUCUCCAAGGCGCAGACCUACGAGCUGGAGCGGCGCUUUCGGCAGCAGCGCUACCUGUCGGCUCCCGAGCGCGAGCACCUGGCCAGCCUCAUCCGCCUGACUCCCACGCAGGUGAAGAUUUGGUUUCAGAACCAUCGCUACAAGAUGAAACGGGCGCGGGCCGAGAAAGGUAUGGAGGUGACCCCCCUGCCCUCCCCACGCCGGGUGGCCGUGCCGGUCUUAGUCAGGGACGGCAAACCCUGCCACACGCUCAAAGCUCAGGACUUGGCCGCAGCCACCUUCCAGGCCGGCAUCCCCUUCUCCGCCUACAGCGCCCAGUCGCUACAGCAUAUGCAAUAUAACGCCCAGUACAGCUCCGCCAGCACCCCCCAGUACCCGACAGCGCACCAUUUGGUGCAAGCUCAGCAGUGGACUUGGUGAGACAGACGCCCUAGCCCUAGAGAGAGAGAGAGAGAGAGAGAGACUCAAGGCUCCAAAACAAAUCCCACUCCACUGGAGGACGCUAUUAUUAUUAUUAUAAUUAUUAUUAUGGAGUUUGUUCUUGGCCUUUUUUUUUAAGGGAGGGAAAUGUUUUUAGUUCCUUGGGGUGGGGAAAUCCAAGGACUGUGUUCCCUCUUUUUUGUUUGUUUGUUUGUUUGUUUUUAAUUUUGGAGAGAGGGGUUUUGGAGAUCUGGGCGCCGUGUUUACAAAAAUUUUGCGCAGUCCUGCUUACUUGCCACUCCCCUGGGGAGAGGGGGGAAAGAAACCGUCGUCGUCGUCGUCGUCUGAAAAAAAAGAAAGAAAGAAAAAUAGAUAAAUUUCCCUCCACGCAAAAUAAAACCCCUCUGCUCUCGUGGUUUUUUUGUAAAGUAUGUUGUGUGCCGUAGACAUGUUGUCAGUCGUCUUCUUCUGAAGCAAGUGGAGAACACUUAAAAUAGAGGAUUUUAUUUCUCCUUUUUAUAAGAAAACUUUAAAUAUUUAUGGCCAUGUACACAUUCUGACAACUGGUAGCAGGUUCUUUCUUUCCUUUGCUCCCCUCCCCUCCCAGUUUUCUAUUUGUUUGUUUGCUUUUUGUUUGGGUUUGGGUUUUUGUAAAUAUCGGUGAUGAAUGUUGCCAAAAGUAACCUUCAGGGCGAUCUUUCUCUUCCCCCUCCAUUCCCCACCCCUACCUUCUUUUCUUUAUUCUUUUUUUCUUUUUGCCUGGAUGCAAAUAUGCCCCAAAUAUUAAAAAAGAAAAAGAAAAAUGUAGAAGACAUUCCCCCCCCAACCCCUCCUCAUAAUUCUCGGGGCCCUGUUCACGGGAAUAUCCAGUUCAGUGGUUGUGUACGACUCCAAAAGGAGCGCUGGGAGAUUUUCGAUUUUUUAUAAGGAUUUUAAUAAAAAUGCUGUGUU